AAAUGCAAUUUUACAGUUUUGAAAUAUAAUUCUUCCAAAACUGUGUAAAAUUGAACGACUGAUUCCGAAGAAAUUUACUGAGUUUGCAGAUAAGGUUUGAUUAUCUACAAUGGCGCAGCUGAAUAUACCUUUGCCCACAACUGAACCCACCGAAGCUUUGUUUUCUAAUUUCAUAGCUGAAGUUAAAGAAAUUGAGAAAAGAGAUUCAGUUUUAACACCGAAGCAGCAAAUAGAUCGUUUGCUGCGACCUGGAAGCACAUAUUUCAACUUAAACCCUUUUGAAGUCUUGCAGUUGGAACCAGAAACUCCAUUGGAAGAAGUUAAAAAACAAUAUCGAAGGUUGUCCAUUUUAGUGCAUCCUGACAAAAAUCCUGACGAUCGAGAUAGAGCCCAGCAAGCAUUUGAUAUUGUUAAUAAGGCAUAUAAGUGUUUAGAAGAUGACACACAGCGUGCUAAAGCGUUGGAAAUAGUGGAAGAGGCCAAGGGGCGCACUGAUCAAAUGAUAGAAGAGAAAAGAAAAAAGCAGCGGAAAGCUGGUAAAGGAUCCAAAGUUGACGAAGAUGAUCCUGUAAAAUAUAAGCAUGCAGUGUAUGUAUUAACUAUGAAACUUUUUGCUGAUCUUGAAAGAAAAAGGCGACAAACUGAAGAGCGAAGUAUGGAAGACAGGAAAAGAAAAAGGGAGGAGGAAAUUGAGGAAGAAGAGAAAAAGAAGGUUGAUAAAGAAUGGCAAAAAAAUUAUGAAGAGAGUCGGGAAAACAGAAUCAAUAGCUGGAAAGCCUUUCAGUUGGGAAGCAAAUCUAAAAAAGUUAAAGAAUUUCGCCCUCCUAAACAUAAAGCUGAAACUCGAUAAAACUGAUCUUAAAGUAGUAGAAAGGAAUAAAGUUUCAGAAUCAUUUUAUAAUAGAAACAGUUCUUUUUAAUGUGGUAUUCUUAUUCACAUAAGAAUUGUGAAAAGGUGUGCAAGAGAAUAGCUCCAUAUGGUAGUAAUCAACAAGUUUUAUGUAAUUAUUUCUUGCUGUGUGUAAGGCUGUAUGCAAUUAAUUCUCCAGUUGCUUUCCCCAUUUUAGUUUUAAUUGCUGAUUCAUGCAAAUUUAAACUAGCGGAGUGUACAAUAAUCGUUUGAGAAUUAACGAGUAACAUAUAAUUGUUCGUUAUUGUAAAAUUCAUGUAGUACACUUCAAUAAAUUUUCUUUUUUCUUUUUUGUAUAUUAUGAAACAGGAUGACAUAUUUAAUAGUAAUUUGUUUUGUGGAAUAUAUGUAAGUGAACUUUCUGAAUGGUUUUGUGAGAAAUUUGUUUCAGUAUAGAUAUUUUAAAUCUUUUUGAAAACUUUAGCUUGAAUUGUAAAAUAAUGCAUUUACAUUAUAAUAAAUUUCAGUGUACAUGUA